AUGUUUGGAUUCUCAGGGCUCAGUGGGAAGUUGAGGCUGAAAUUUAAAGAGAGGUUCGAGACUGAAGAUGACGAUGACUACAUCUCGGGCCCAUUUGAGAAAGACAAGAUGUACUUGUAUGAGGGCUUCCCAGACCAGAAGAGUCUGUUCCGGAACUCGAUCCGUAGUCUGGUGGCAGAAUACAUUCUGGAGAACAUGGACGCCAGAAGUGAAGAGGAGAUCACUGAGGAAGAAAAGCUGAAAAAGUGGAACUUGAGUUGGUUUAUUCACGAAGGCAUAAUCGAUGACUCAUUCAUCCUUCAUGAUGAGUCAUCGGAAGACCCGUUCGAACUCAGGAAUGAGUCAUACUUGAAUGAGCGGAUAAAGGAGUUGAAGUGGAGGAAGCUACAGGGAACUACUAAGGAUAAGAAACAGAGCACGAGAGGUCAAACAGGGUCAAGCAGAAAUGGCAACGACUCAUCCGCGCCAAUCGAUCUCUCCUCCGAUUCUGACUCAGAACAGGCCAAUGGGAAGGCAGCUUCAGGCAGUCAAACAACUCAGCAGAAGAAAGACGACAAGUUCUAUUAUGACGCAAGGAAGGACCUUCACUUCAGAUGGGUCACCCCCAAGAUGAAACUCCUCCCCCUGUUCCGUAUCCGGAACUACUUUGGGGAGAAGAUCGCCCUCUACUUCGCCUGGACUGAGACUAUGAUUCUCUCCCUGUGGAUUCCGGCUAUUCUGGGAAUCAUUGUGUUCAUUUACGGAAUGGUUCGCUCCAUCGAAAAUUACGUGGACUUGCGUGACGACAACAGUACAAAUUCUACCCUGUCAGUGACAGAGAUUCUUGAAGUGGUGAAUACUUCAGUGGACAAUGAACUAACCCCCUACUACAGUCUCAUGAUAUGUCUCUGGGCCACUAUAUUCUUAGAGCAUAUCGUGCCAGAGGAUAAUUUGCUCACUGGUCAGAGGUUGCUGUUCCAUCAAAACUCGCAAAAUAUUCCGCCUGUUCAAGAUAUUGGAGUUCAAGGAAAGGCCGGGACUUCGUAG